CAGGGGCGGGGGCGGCGCCUCCCGCCGUUCGCGGGCCGGGCUGAGCCGCGGGAGAAAGGCGGCACCGGCACCGACCGGGCGGGCGCCCGCCCUCCGACCGACUGCCAUCCGCCCGUCCGGCCGUCUGUCCAUCCAUCCAGUGGGACUGGGUGUCCUGGAGGAUGGUGGUGCCCGGGAAUGCCCCGCUGAUCCAGCAGGACCCUGCUCUGGAGCCGGCCCUGGGCAGAGACGCCCCCGAGCACUCGGCCAUGGGCCCGGAGCCCCCCGAGGAUGUGGACCCCGAGGUGCGGAAGCUGCGCGAGCUGGUCUGCAGGCUGGAGCUGGACAAUCAGCAUGCCAGGAGCAGGAGCAGCAGGACCCUGCUGGGGACAAACGUGCCUGGGGACAUCCGUGCCAGGGUGGAUAACCGUGAGCCUGGCCUCAACGGGAUGGAGAUCAACAACAGCAUCAACGCCAUCGCCGAGCAGCAGGAGCUGCAGCUGAUGGCGGAUCUGCACAGCCAGCUGAGCAAGAUGAGGCAGGAGGAAGGCGAGAACAACUUCAGAAGAGCCCUGGAUGCCCCAAUGCAAUACAGGUGCAACAGUGCCCCCGAGGAGGUGUCUCCCAAUGGGGAGCAGAGCCACAGCAAUGGCCAGUGUCCCUCACCUGUGGAUACAAGUGACAGCGCCGAGAUCCUGGGCAGCCUGCUCGUGGCAGGGAUCCACACCCCAGCUGCAAUCCAUGAACAGAAUCCCAGUGAAAAGGGUGCAGAUCUAGAGGGGCUUCCGAGUCAUGUGGAUCUGGAUGAAGUCAAAGUGUUAGAACUGGAAAAUGGCCCUGAAGAGGAGGAUUGCUGGCUCUAUGUGUCUCCAAGGAAAUCCAUGGAUGAGAAAACAGCCUCUCCUCUGAAGUGGUGCCGGCAGGUGCUGGAUAACCCCAGCCCCGAGAUUGAGGCUGCCUGCAGAACCCUCAUCAACAGGCUGGACCAAGCCAGUAGAUGGAAAAACCUGUAUUGCAGCCCCCUGGCAGCUCCCAGCGCACAUAACCUGAAUUCCGAGGCAGGCUCCUGUAGCAAUGCACUAAACUCUCCUGGGCACCUCAAAUCGACUAACAAAGCACUACUAACCUGUGGCAGCUCAGGGUACCUGAGCAUGCACUCGGCCCUGAGCUCCCAGUCCUCGGUGGACAGUGAGCUGAGCACCUCGGACGACUCCAUCUCCAUGGGCUACAAACUGCAGGACCUCACUGAUGUCCAGGUCAUGGCACGGCUGCAGGAAGAGAGCCUGCGGCAGGACUGCGCCUCCAGCUCCGCCUCCGUGUCCCGCCGCAGCUCCAGCGCCUCUCUGCACUCGCUGCGCCGCGGCACCUACAGCGACCAGGAAUUCGACACCUACAGCCUGGAGGACGAGGACGACUGCGACUGCUCACUGUCCUUGCGCAGCGCCCACCGCUACUCGCCGUCCCCGCUGAGCUCCCCGCGCUGCCAGUCGCCCUCCUCGGGCGUGGAGCUGGGCCGGGCCGCGGCCUCGCGACUGCGCACCCCGCGCAGGGCGGUGCAGAGCCCCAUGCAGGAGCGCCUCAAGUACGCCAACAGCGAAGAGGAGCUGAGGCACAGCAUGCCCAACCUGGCACGCAGCAGCCUGCGCGCGCUCGAGGCCGUGCGGAGCAGCCGCAGCCUGGAGUCCGACCUGCAGGUGCCCAGCAGCCGCAUCCCCAGGACUCAGCGGUCAGCAGGUCUGACUCCCAGCAAGCUCAGGUAUUCCUCGGGGGCUGCACAGUCCCCACUUACGGGGCGCCAGCCCAAGGCGGCCUCGGGAGCCAACUCCCUGCUGCCCGGCAGGCAGGUGGGGAAGCCCUGCAGCUACACGGCUCCUGUCCCCCCAGUCCGCAAACCACAGCUCCACACAGGCUCUCCCAGCAGCAGUUGCACUUCCAGAAGCACCACCAUGGUCACUGUGGCCAAAGCCUCUGCCCUGAAAGCACGGCCGGGUGUGGGAGGGGUGGCCGUGCCCAAGGGAAAGGCACUGCCCCCAUCCAGGAGGUUCCUCCAGGCAGCACAGACCCCCCAGGCCCCCGAGGACGACUCCUGGAAGGAUGGGUGCUACUGACAGCCCAGAACACCUCUGUGGAGCAGAUCCCAGCUGGCUGGGCACGACCUCACUGGGAAAGGCCCUGAGCCCCUGUCCCUGCAGACUGCUGUACAUAUCCCUCAUUCUGUGCUCUCCACACCUCCCACCUCCCUCUGCUCUGCCAGGAGCCGGGGCUGGGACACACAUCUCCCACCCUUCACUGAACCCUGAGUCUUCCCAGGAAGACUGGAAAAGCCUUAUUUCAUCCACACCCCAGCUGCAGCCCUGGGGAAGGUCUGUCACCAUCCCCUCCCAGGGAUGCUGCAGAGCUGGGGGUGUCCUCUCAGUGCCAGAAGCAGCUCUGAGCUGGUGCUGUGGCAGAGCUCGUGGGGAGUAGAAAUAGUGACAUAGGUGUUAGAUUUGAGACUUUUUAAACCCAACCUGAUGUACUCUGAUAUUUGUCUGGAAUUCAACUGGGUUUGGUUUGUUGGUUUUUUUUUUUUGGUUUUUUUUUUGGUUUUUUUUUUUUUUUUUUUAUUUUGUUUUUUUUUUUUACUUCUGUAUAGAAUGUAUUUCUGCUACUUUUUAUUGUCUGGUCUAGAGCUGCAGCAGGUUUUUAUAACUGUAGAACACUGAGCUGUUGUAUCCAGGUGUCAGCACAGGUCACAAGGAGCAGUACACAAUAUUUGUGUGGGGUGUGAACAGGCAGGGACAGGGAUGCCAGUUAAAAACUGCUGGGCACCAGCACCUUACCUCAGCUGAGUCAGCUCAACACCACUUAAGAGUAAAUUUUUAAAAAUCCCCUCACAGCUUUGUCUUGAAGUGUUGGAGAUCUCAGCUGGUUCCCAACUGCCCUGACUUUUGUAGAAGUUUUCUACUGUCUCUUAAGGAUUCUGUUCCAGUGUCUUUUUCCUCAGCAAGUGCUGGAUGCUACAAAUACAGUCUUAAUUCAGGAAAUGUGCACUGAUAGCAAUGUUCUCCCUGCCAUCAAUGUGACUUUGAUAGUGUAGUUUAAUAAAAUGUUAUGGUGCUGAAAUAGAUCUGCUUUAUUCCAGCAGCGAGUUUUGUGCCACAAACGAGGCCUCUCCUGACAGAAAAGAGCUCUGCAAGGAUUAACAGGGCUUCAGUAAAGUCUGGUAGGAUGCAAGGAGUGAGAUUUACCUUUAAUUCCUCAGAGAUCAGAAGGACAAGGCACUCAGUGUGUGCCAUUUCUGAAACAUCCACACGUGGCCUGAGCAGAACCAAAGGCAGGAAGCAGCACAGGGGAAGUUCCUGCCCCGCAGGGAUCUCUUGUGAUCCAGGAAAAGAGGAAGAGACAGUUGUGCCCCAGUGCUGUGAGGGGCCCAGGAGUCUUCCUGUGCCACCACCCAGCCCCUGCCAGGCCAGGGCUGGCACCAGCAGCACAGGGCAGAGAAGGGGCCCAGGAGGCUCAGCUAGAGCUGCUGCUCUGUCCCUGGCUGUCACUCCCACCCUGAUAAAGUUCCAUGGGGUGCCAGCAGUGCCCUGUUGAGGCUCUUCCCUCAUCCAGAACAUUCUAUUCUGAGAUGUCUCCCUGCUGGCACAGCUGGACCCUGUUCACACUGAUCGUCCCAGGGCACAGAAGGUAAAAGAGCAGCAACAUCUGAUUUCUCUGUUACUGGAGGCUUCUCCUGUUGCCUUUUCUGUGUCCUGUGUUCCAGAGGGGAUUUUCCAGGCACUGCCUUUCUCCACCCACCCGAGCCAAGCACUGCUGCUCUUCCAUGGACAUGUAACAGUAGGUGAAGAACAGAAACUCCUGAACAGUCAGAUAGUAACUAGUUGAAGGCUGCAUCUCAGGCAGGUGGGAUUGUCUCCAUGUUUUCCAGCUUGGCUGGCUGUGGAGAUGCACACCUAGAUGCAGUUCCAGGCAGAGCAGAGCAGCAGGAAAGUGCCGAGGUUGGAUUUUACUGGGAUUCCCAGGUGUUUCCAGUACAAACCUGAUGCUGACAGGCACUUGGGAGAGGCUGUCCCACUUCAGGAGGGAACACAGCACAGCUCUGACAGAACCAUCACACUCAGGAGCUGUUAAUUUUAUCCUUUCAUUUUUCUGAGCUGUUCUUACACCCAAGUGAUCUCAUUUCAGCUCCCAAUAAAUAUUCUCUAUCAUCCCAGGCCCUGGCUGAUACCAUUAAAAUGUAGCUUUGUCUCAAACUGAGAUAACAAUCAACAACCCCCAACAACUUCUGUAAGUCCAAAAGGAAAUCCAACUCCCUCAU